AUGCCGACGACACGACGGUCCACUAGACGCGAUCUAGGGGGCAGCUUACAGGUGCAGGACAUGGUGCAGCGACACGAAAAUGGCGGCGCCAAAGCGCAGCUCGCCCAGCACCGCCGCCGUAGCACGCGUAAUUACAGGCCCAGCAGCACCCCUAAGACUACAGCUGCUAUGACUGAGUUGCAACAUGAAAUCGCAGAAUCCGCGACAGAUCCCACAACGACGCGGCCGGAACGUCGCAAUUCUGCUCGCAUGAAGCGCCCAUUGGAACUCAUUCAUCCGAACCCGGACCCUACAAAGGUCAAGAGGUCGAGAAUCGCCGUCGAGAUCAAGUCUCUGGCCAAGUUAGAGCCCCCCAGCCCCUCGAGAACCAUCGUCGUCAGACCGCCGCCGCCCUCGUCCACAGUCGACGUGACGACCCAGCAAAACAAACCCCCUCCUCCUCCUCCUCCUCCUCCCUCCUCGCUGCCUACGCCGCCCUCCACCAACGCUGCACCCGCUGCCGAGCCAGCAACUCAGCCCAAAACGGCUCAAAAAGAACCCACCGUGCAUCAGAAAAAAGUCUACAAUGGCAUCCGACACGAGUUGGAUCGAUUGCAGCCCAGUCUCGCAGAUGCCGGCCUGGCAAAGGAGUCCGGUGGUGGCCGUAAGCUGAGAUCACAGGAGGCCACGCGGUUCAAGAGCGAAUUGUCAGCAUAUUUCCCCGACUAUGACGAAGUAAUUGGCAAUGAUGCCAAAGAAUCCCACGUUCUCAAUGUCGACACACCCAUCCUAGUCGUCGACUCCGUGGCGUCCCCACACCACAAUGUCCGCGCCUCGCACCCGCGACAAGCUGCAGCUACUACAGCUUCCGUCAGCUCAAAGCAGAACCACCAUGCUAAACUCGGUGCCGAUACUACGACCGGGAGCGCACUAUGGGUAUCAAGGACCGAGAAUUACCAUGUAAAACAGUACGGAGACGAUCUAUACAGUAACUUGUACGAUGCACAGCGAAUCCAACUUCCGGGCCAGAAGGCAAAGCCGGACCACCUGAACGAUCCCUUACCAGACUCACUAUACGAGACUGCACAUAGACGCGCUGAAAGGUUGGAAAAGACAAUUAGGAAUACAGAAAAAGGUCGUGCCCAACAUGAACGGGAUCAGAUUGUCCGCCUCCUCGGGGAACUCCAGGGGCCAGACUGGUUGAGAACAAUGGGAGUCAAUGGUGUCACCGAGAGCAAGAAGAAAGGUUUCGAGUCCGCACGCAGCCACUUUAUCAAGGGCUGCGAAGGUAUUCUGGAAAAAUUUCGUUGGUGGGCCCAGGAAGAGAGGAAGCGAAAGCUAGAGCGUGAUAGAGCUCUUGCGGAGGAGCAAGAUGACGAUGAAGACGAUGAUGAGGAAGAGGAAGAGGACCCGGACGAAGACCAAGUCGCGGAUAGCGAUGCUGAUGAGGAUGGGGAGAUGCUCGACGUUGACUCUGCAAACCGAGACCCUGCAGAUGACAGUGACGGUGACCCUCCCGAUUCCAGUGAUGUUGACGCGCAUAUUGCCAAGCAACUUCACGAAGAGGCACUGGCAAGAGUCAAGCGUCCACCGUCGGUGUCAAACAAGAGACAGAAGAGAGAUUUGUCGCCAUCGCCUGUACCACAGCCGCCGAGAGAGUUCAAAUCAUUCUUCGACAAAAGGCACGACCGCGACGCUGCGCUUAGCAAAGUGCGGCGGAGCAGGCGAGUGGCUUUGGCGUGGGGUCACGCCAUACCCGAGACCAUUGACGAAGAUUUUGAGCUACAACCGGAAUAUCGUGAUGAAGAGACUAUGCAGACGCGGGAACGCAGGAAGAGGAGAGAUCGUCGGAGCAAUCACCGUUGA